GUAAAUGGGGAUUGAACAGUAGUAUGGAAGAGAAACUGGUGCUCGGUAAUGCUCCAAAGCUGUCGAUAACGUCGACAAAGGUGAACGACUUGGAGCAGUUCGUGUAAAAGCUUCGUGAAAGACCUCCGCCGUUUCGACUUCCGAAGAGAGGAAGAAUGCAUCCUCAGGGCUCUCAAUUCUUACUCCGGCUAGUCAAAACAACUCGGAUGGAUGCAGGGUCCGAUAUCCCGGCACAAAAUUUCUGGUGAUACACAAGGUGAGUAUGGAAACUUCUCCGUUCGGGACUCCCACGAAUAGUUUCGCUGAAACUCCAAGCCACACAUGGAGUGAACGGAACGUAAAGAGCUCAGAAGACAUGGAAUUCAGGCUCCAUCACUUGCAUCAGGAAACAAUGAUAGCAAGUACGAGUUGGAGUUUUACAAAAUCGCUCAAGGGUUCGGAAUACAGGCUGCCUGGUGAGUGGUGCAGUGCACGAUGUCUCUACAGAGCAAAAGCUUCAGGUUGAAAACAACGAAAACACCAAACCGAAUAGAAUUUAGACAUUGUUGAACACAAUGCUGAGAUUUGCUAUUCAAAAGAGAAGCAUCGGCUUCGCUCUACAUUUCAUCACAACCAUGUGCAGGGGCGGAGCCAGGAUUUUUCGAGGUGGGGGGGAGGGAGCAGGUGGUGGCAUGCUGUAGCUCCGCCACUGAUCAUGUGUCUAAUGUCCCUGCGUUUUACGUUCUGUACGUUUUAUGAAAGAGAGGUUGGGACCUAAGAGGGCUACUUAAACGACAGAGAGGCGAAGCCACACACACAGGCUUGGUUGCUCCGCGCCUCAAGGCUUGUGGGGCGGGCCUCAAUCCGAACCCCAUGGCCCAAGGGACGCGAGACUAUAAGAAGAGAUGUGUUUUGAAGAAUGGCACAGUGUAUGGAAAGUGCGCAGAAUCUCCACAGAAUGGAUGGCGGAAAGGACACUCACCGGAUCCCACGUGAGAGACUGGUGGGCGUAACUUCUACAAUUUUGACGUGACUGUUAUUUUCCAACCAGCAUUGCAGUUUCAGUUUAACUACAGUACGCAGAGUUUCUGAGCAGGUGAAAUUUCUGGUUCGCCACUGGAGGUUAGAAUCCUUCAUAUUUGACCGGGUAUAGGCCAGUCAUCGGGUGCGGCCUCACAGCAAUGUGAUUUGGUUUAUACUCUAAGCUCGAUGUCCAGCAAGGUCUCGUGUUGAGUGGGGAUGAAAACCUAGUCUGGACCUGGCGUCUCAGAAGAACAAGUUCUUGAUCAGUAGGUGGAGAGAACUUCAUCUGGAAGCUCCAUGUGUUUCCUGUGUCCAGUUGCACCGUUUAACCUUUUGGCAUGGUAAUAGGUGGCUAGAUAUGUUUCUGAGUGAAGCUCAUUUUACUAUACACAAACUUAUACAAGGUUGAAGCCAAGUCCAUCAAGCUUUCUGUGCAGUCGAGUAUUUUGCAUGAAUUUUCAAUGUCUCGGUAAACGGCUGUGUAUUGUAGAACACGCUUGCAAUUUUUGCAAGUGGAGAAUCAUUAAGCACAUUAUGGAUUAC